AUUAUCAUAUAUUUUUUGAUGAUCCAAUUGUAGCGUAAGGUGCCCGAUGAGAAAUAGACGCUAUGAGCGUACUCCGUGGCGCUCUGGAAAAUGAUCGCGCCACUCUUCUGUGUUUUCUUGCUCGCAUUCAGUUACCCGUUCGCUUAAAAUUCUCUGUGACUAACUCCAUAUUUCUCGGGCUUAAAGCAACACAUUUCUCAACUUUGACUUGUCGCACGACCUACCUCGUCAAAAUGGCCGACUCCAAUCCCAGCGUUGUUCAUCCGCCUUAUUCUGAGAUAAUUGUUGUGCGGCACGGCGAAACGCUGUGGAAUGUUGAUGGAAGACUUCAGGGACAUCUUGAUGUUGAAUUGAAUGAAGUUGGGAGACAGCAAGCAGCUUUGGUGGCUGAUCGACUUUCCAAAGAGCCCAAAAUCUCUGCUAUAUAUUCUUCUGACUUGAAGCGAGCUUCUGAGACAGCAGAGAUUAUUGCUGCCAGAUGUGGUGGUCUCGAGGUUAUUGAAGAUGAAAACCUACGGGAAAGACACUUAGGGGAUCUGCAAGGCCUUGUACUACAUGAAGCUGCCAAAGUUAGUCCAGAGGCUUACCAGGCCUUUUUAUCCCGCCAAACUGCUCAACAUAUACCAGGCGGUGGAGAGAGUCUUGAUCAACUCUAUCAACGUUGUACAUCUUGUUUGCAAAAAAUUGCUAAGAAGCAUAAAGGAGAGCGAGUGGUUGUUGUUACUCAUGGUGGUGUCAUUAGGGCAUUGUACAGACGGGCUUGCCCCAAUAAGAAGCCUCCAGGAAAAGUAUUGAACACAUCUAUUAAUAUAUUUAUCAUCCCUGAUGGAAACAAGUGGACUGCAAAAACUUGGGGUGAUGUUAGUCAUCUUAACCAAACACAAUUCCUGGAGUCUGGUUUUGGUGGUGACAGAACUUCUGGCUAGUUCUUCUGUGGUGCGAAAUGACCAGUUAGUUCAAUGCUCAGUGACAAAAAUUUCUCAUUUAUCUCAUUACUCUUUCAACCCAUAUGGCCUCUAAAGACUUUCACACUCUUAUUUCAAUUGAAACUGGCCUUGUUAAAUGUGCAUGAAUUGCUUAUUUCAUUAUGAUAAAUUAUGAAUGUCAAUCAAUUUUAAGUGCUCUGUUUAGAUUUGAUA